AUGUCCGUUUGCCGGACAGAAGAGGAUGUCAGAGCAGUAUUGGACAGCACUAAGGAGGAGGACAUCGAGCCUGCCAAGCUUGCUCUCCAAUCUUUUAUUGAGACUUUGAGGAGCGAGGGAAGAACGGAUUUGUCGGUCGCGGCAGCGGUAGAGAGAUUAGAGGAUUCAUAUGUCCAAACGGUCUAUCUCCAUGAAGCAUUCUACUUAGCUCGCCUCAGUGCCUCUCUCCCAAACCGUAUCGUCCUUCCCGGAUUCUCGAAAUGGUUGGACCAGAGAGAACAGCAAGUCGCGAACCUAUGGAUAGCAGCGCAGAACGGUUUCAACCACCUGGCACAGGCAUGGGGCGAGGAGACCGGCAAGGUAACGCGCUUGCAACAGGAGGCCAUGCGGGAGUGGACGCUGCAUCGCUGGCGUCGGUUGCAGGUGGAGACGGAACGUCUGAGGGAGCUUAACAGACGUUUGGGAAAGGAAUAUAAGCGCUUGGGUGAGGCGUUCAUUGGAGCGGAGGAGGAGGAGGCGAGAGAAGAUAGUGGAGGUGGAAUGAACGAGGAGCCGGAGGCUUCGCAGACCCCACCAACCACCGCUGAAGCUCCUUCAAUUACCCCGGAACCUGUUUCUCCGUCAACACCAACACCACCUCGUACGCCGCGUUCGAAUCCUCGAUCCACGACCAGAAAACAUCGCAAGCCUCCUUCCACCUCUUCCAGUUCCCAUGCAUCAUCGUCCGCUUCGUCACGAUCUGGACCUCCUCUCUUCCCUUCGUUUGGACUUCCUUGGUCGCCGUAUCUUGGCCCAGGGAGAAUGAUGCCAUCUCCUAGUGACCUGAAAGCAUAUGACGCACCAGAUUCACCACCUCCAAUUAUCCAACGAGGCUAUUAUUCUCCAUUCGCUUCACCUUAUUCGCCUGUCAGUGGGCUGCCCUCCUGGCCGUCAACUUCAUUGCCAACGGUUCCGGAAUCAGCAACACUUUUCCAGGCAUCAUCUCAGUCAUAUUCCGGGUUUCCAUAUGUCUCCUCGUACGAUUCAAUGUACUUACCAGCACAUAUUGCAGGCGCAGCAAGCCCAACUUCCGUUGGAACGGUCACACUCAGUGGUCCGUCCCUUGGAGGCUCUAGUUCCGAGUCCGACUCUGUUUCUCGAAUGUCAACAACGCCCAAGUUCUCCUUGCCGCGUUGGCUACGACGAAGCUCGUAG